AUGCCGCGCCUCACCCACUUCACCAACACGGAUGACGUGUUUGCCUGUUUUGCGUCCCCCCCGGUCAUGUGGAGGCUGAUGUCAGUGGCUGCUCUAGAGCACGACGACCUCCUGCCAGUCGCAGAGGCGCUGAAGAACGAAUUUGACAGUCCAGAAACGGCAGACCUCAAGUUUAUCGUCGAAGGCAAAUGCAUCCACGUUCACAAAGCUGUGCUUAAGAUCAGGUGUGAGUAUUUCCGCUCAAUGUUCCGGUCCCCGUGGGUGGAAAGUCAUCAGGAAGUGAUUGAGAUCAGCCAAUUCUCGUAUACCAUCUACCGCUCCUUCCUGCAGUUCCUCUACACAGACACUGUUGACCUUCCACCUGAGGACGCUAUCGGCCUGCUGGACCUGGCCACCUCCUACUGUGAGAGUCGCCUGAAGCAUCUGUGUCAGCAGAUCAUCAAGGGAGGAAUCACCAUCCAAAACGCCUUUGCCCUCUUUUCAUCUGCCAAACAAUUUGAUGCCGAGGACCUGGAGGAAUUUUGCUUCCGAUUUUGUAUCAGCCAUCUCACUCAGAUGACUCAGAUGCCACCCUUCAGUCAAGUUGACGGAAACGAGCUCAAAGGGUUCAUCAUCAGAGCAAGCUAUGCUGGUGCCUUCAGGUACUAG